AUGGUGUGCAAGUUGGGCAUUAACGGUUUCGGCCGUAUUGGUCGUCUGGUGUUCCGUGCUGCGAUGGAACACGGCGAUGUGGAAGUCUUGGCGAUCAACGAUCCGUUCAUGUCCCUGGACUACAUGGUCUACCUUCUGAGAUAUGACUCCGUUCAUGGCCACUACCCCGGUGAAGUCGGCCACAAGGACGGCAAGCUCGUCGUCAACGGCAAAUCUGUGACCGUUUUCAACGAGAAGGAGCCGACUGCCAUUCCUUGGGGCCAGGCUGGCGUCCACUACAUUUGCGAGUCCACCGGUAUCUUCCUCACCAAGGAGAAGGCUCAGGCUCACUUGACCAACGGAGCGAAGAAGGUCAUCAUGUCGGCUCCACCCAAGGACGAUACCCCCAUGUUCGUGAUGGGUGUGAACAACGGCCACUACAAGUCGAGCGAUGUUAUUGUGUCGAACGCCUCUUGCACGACCAACUGCUUGGCUCCCCUGGCGAAGAUCGUCCACGACAAGUUCGGCAUCGUUGAGGGUCUGAUGACCACCGUCCAUGCCAUGACCGCGAACCAACUGACGGUCGACGGUCCCUCCAAGGGAGGCAAGGACUGGCGUGCUGGCCGCUCGGCAGGAGUUAACAUCAUCCCUGCCUCCACUGGUGCAGCGAAGGCCGUGGGUAAGAUUAUCCCGUCCCUCAACGGCAAAUUGACUGGUAUGGCUUUCCGUGUACCAGUCGCCGACGUUUCCGUUGUCGAUCUGACCUGCAAGCUGGCGAAGCCCGCCAAAUACGAGGACAUUGUUGCCGCUGUGAAGGAGGCAGCUGCGUCCGGACCCAUGAAGGGCAUUGUGAGCUACACUGACGAAGAGGUCGUCUCCUCCGACUUCAUCCACUGCAAGUUCUCCUCCGUCUUUGAUAUUGGCGCCGGUAUCAUGCUCAACGACACGUUCGUCAAGCUCGUGUCCUGGUAUGACAACGAGUGGGGAUACUCCAACCGCCUCGUUGAGCUGGCGCACUACAUGUCCGUCCAGGACGGCGCGUAA